CGCAUCAUUCUCUGGAACCUUCUAGCCUUUCCCCUCACCUCCUCUCCUCGGCGCUCCACCCCUCUGCGACACCGUGACGACCGCAGCGAGCCGGCGACGACUCCGUCGAGCGAUUCUUCCCAGGAAGCCGUAGAGCAUUUCCACCGUCAACCAUGUACCACCUCGCUCGUUCCCUCAAGUCUCUCCGCUGUGGUGGAUACACAAAAUCGUGCCACAUUGUUAGCAACGGGAUUCAUACUCUUGUAAGUAAUGCCAAAGUGAAAUUGCUGGCUUCCGGCAUCCCCAAGGACUCAAGCUCCGCUGUUUUCAGAACUUGUAGAGGUUUCUUCACCAGUCGUGAGCGAGCUCCUGUCAUCCGCCAAGCGCAAUGGCGAUUACGAGAUAGAGCAAUCGAGACUGGUCUGUCUGAAAGAAGAAUUGGAGCGCCAACGCAUCCUUCAACCCACGAAGCUAUCACUACUCAGGGCUGAAGAUCUUUUGAGGAAAAGCUCAUUUGGGAGGGGAAGUCUACUUGAGUUGGGUACUCUGGCACACUGUCUUCUCCGACAGUGGCCUGGAAUUGCUCGUUCGAACAUGAUGAGAGGAAUUAAUGUCAGUUCGUUAUUGAGGCUGGACAAUAUGUUGUGGUCGCAAAAACACCACACGGUUAUUCUCAAGGAGACCAAUCUCAGUGACCAAGAAGACAUCAUAUCACCGUAUCACACAAUUCAUGAUCAGUUUGAGAAAGGAGUAAAGAUCUCCAUGGGUUGCGAGCCAUCUGAUCUUCGUUAUCCAGCUUGUCUACAAGAAUAUCUCGGCUUACUCUCUGCAGAUGAAUGGGUGGACAAGAGACUAAUCACUAACCAUUCUGUGAUUAA